GGUGACACCCACUUUUGCAACAAAACCAUGGCAUCACUGGUUUCACACUUGCGACUUUUAGUACUCCUAUUAUCAGUUUCAUUGGGAAAUUCAGCUUCACUCCAAGAAAAUUUUGUCCAAUGUCUCAACUUGAAUUCGGACAGAACAUUCCCAUUUAACCCACUAAUUUACACACCAAAAAGUCCUUCAUUCACCAGUGUCCUUGACUCCUCCGGCAAGAAUCAAAGGCUUUUGGUGCCUUCAACACCAAAACCAAAGUUCAUAUUCACACCAACCCGUGAUUCCCAUGUGCAAGCAGCGGUAAUCUGCUCCAAGAAACUUGGCAUUCAUCUUAGAGUGUUAAGUGGUGGCCAUGACUUUGAAGGAGUCUCGUACGUUUCAGAAAUUGAAAGCCCCUUCAUAGUUGUUGAUUUGAUCAAGCUCCGUGACAUCAACGUUGAUAUCAAAAGCAACACUGCUUGGGUUCAAGCUGGUGCCACAAAUGGUGAAUUGUAUUACAGAAUAUAUGAGAAGAGUUCACUUCAUGGUUUUCCUGCAGGGACUUGCACAAGCUUAGGAAUUGGAGGACACAUCACAGGAGGAGCAUACGGAAGCAUGGUAAGAAAAUAUGGACUUGGUGCUGACAAUGUCUUAGAUGCUAAAAUUGUUGAUGCCAAUGGAAGAAUUCUUGAUAGGAAAGCCAUGGGGGAAGACUUAUUUUGGGCAAUAAGAGGAGGUGGAGGUGGAAGUUUUGGUAUCCUUCUUUGGUGGAAAGUUAAGCUUGUUCCUGUUCCACCAACUGUGAUAGUUUUUACAGUUAAAAAGACCCUUGAGCAAGGUGCAACCAAGCUUCUUCAUAGAUGGCAAGAAGUGGCACCCUUUCUCGAUGAAAACCUCUUUAUCAGAGUCCGCAUUCAAAGAGCACAGAGUACUGUGACAACUUCUUACGAAGGUCUCUUCCUAGGUGGGGCAAGAAAACUCCUUAAAAUCAUGAAAACAAGCUUUCCUGAGUUGGGUGUGACAAGAAAGGAUUGCAUGGAAACUAGCUGGAUCAAAUCAGUGCUCUAUAUUGCAGGCUUUCCAAGUGGCACCCCUCCUGAAGUUCUGCUUAAAGGAAAGCCAAUAGCUAAGUUCUUCUUCAAGGGCAAGUCAGAUUUUGUAAGAAAACCGAUACCGGAAACCGGGCUAGAGGGGUUGCGGCAAAGGCUGCUGGUAGAAGACAGCCCCUUGAUUUUAUGGAGCCCUUAUGGUGGAAGGAUGAACCAAUUUUCAGAAUCUGACACCCCAUUUCCUUACAGAAAUGGAACUCUGUUCAUAAGUCUGUACAUCUCUCUUUGGCAAGAGGGAGAGAAGAAUGUUGCAAAGCACAUAGAUUGGAUUGGAAACCUUCACAACUACAUGGGGGCUUAUGUGCCUAGUUUCCCAAGAGGACAAUAUGUGAAUUACCGGGAUCUUGAUUUGGGAAUAAACACCAAGAACAACACAGGCAACAUUCAGGAAAGUGCCUGGGGCUAUAGGUAUUUCAAGAACAACUUCGACAGGUUGGUAAAGAUUAAGACCAAAGUGGAUCCUCAGAACGUCUUCAGGCAUGAGCAGAGUAUCCCACCACUUCCAAAGUAAACACAACAGGCAAGAAAUCUGAAAUAAAGCACUGGCUGUGCUGCUACAAUCAUUAGACUGUGCCACUGUGGUAUCCAUAAAUUUGUGAAAAAAGGUUGAUUUGCUAGUUUAGAGCAAUAAGGAAACGCAAAGGGGAAGUCUAACUCAAGUUUCUUUGGCUCUAAAGUUUGACUCUUUCCUAUGAAUAAUAAUAAUAAAAAAGAAGCAAUAAGGAUACAAUUAGAUCUGUUGCUUUGUUGUUGUUGUUUUUUUAUCGAUUUGAUGUUGUAACCAUGUUUGCAACUAUGUUUAUUUCUCGCUAUCCUCCAAUACUAGUUCUUUCUUAAGUUUAUAGAAUUUCCUUUUCUUUA